AAACACGAACCGCAUUCAAUUGAUAGCCAAUAAAAGUAGCUGCGGUGCCAUACAUUAAUUAAAUUCUAAUUGUAUAUAGGUGAAUUCAAGUGCAAAAUGUCGUUCAUGAUUAAAGCAGCGCGUACAACAAGGCAGCUCAUUCAUAAGGCGCCGGUACUGCAGCAGCAGGUGCGUCAACUAAAUCUACUGGAGUUUCAGUCAAAGGAUUUGCUACAGAAAUAUGGCGUGGCCAUACAACAGUUUAAGGUAUUAGACAACUCCAAGGCCGAUACAGAUGUGGUAAAGACAUUUGAUUGCCCAGAGUAUGUGGUGAAGGCGCAGAUAUUGGCGGGCGGACGCGGCAAGGGUACAUUUGAUAAUGGCUUCAAAGGCGGCGUACACAUAACCUCAAACAAGAGCGAAGUCCUCUCGUUGAGUAAACAAAUGAUAGGCAAUCGCUUGAUUACCAAACAGACACCCACGACUGGCAUAUUGGUCAACAAGGUAAUGGUUGCUCGCAGUGUAAACAUUACACGCGAGACUUAUCUAUGCAUCUUGCUUGAUCGCGAACACAAUGGACCUGUGCUGAUUGCUUCGCCUGCUGGUGGCAUGGACAUUGAAGCGGUAGCUGAAGAAACUCCAGAGAAACUUAUGACUGUGCCCUUGGACAUUGACAAGCCCAUACCAGAAGCUAAGCUGCUGGAGGUUGCUAAAUUUUUGGAGUUCAAGGGUGAUACCAUCAAGCGCUGUGCUGAAGAGAUUCAGAAGCUGUACACGCUCUUUAAGGCUGUUGAUGCUGUGCAAAUUGAGAUUAAUCCGCUAGCGGAAACCGACAAAGGCGAAGUUAUCUCUGUAGAUGCCAAGCUGAACUUUGAUGACAAUGCGCAGUUCCGUCAAAAAAAUAUUUUCGACAUGGACGUUACCGAAGAGGAGGCUGAUCCACGUGAAGUGGAGGCAUCCAAAUAUAAUCUCAACUAUGUCGCUAUGGACGGCAACAUUGGUUGCCUGGUUAAUGGAGCUGGUCUGGCUAUGGCUACCAUGGACAUUAUCAAACUGAAUGGCGGUGAACCAGCAAACUUCUUGGAUGUGGGCGGUGGUGUUAAGGAAGAUCAGGUGGCCAAGGCAUUUGAGAUUCUCACAUCUGAUCCCAAAGUCAAGGGCAUAUUGGUAAAUGUAUUUGGUGGCAUUGUCAACUGUGCAACGAUUGCCAAUGGCAUUGUUGCUGCCUCCAAGAAGCUGCAGCUAAAUGUGCCCUUAGUAGUGCGCUUGGAAGGCACUAAUGUGGAUAAGGCACGUGAAAUUCUUAAAAACUCCGGACUGCCCAUACAGACUGCAAGCGACUUGGAUGAUGCUGCCCAGAAGGCGGUGGCUGCGCUUUAAAAUAUCAUUUGUCUUACAUUUUAGUAACAACAGACGCACAGUGGUUAGCAUUUAAAAUUAAUUGUUAUAUAUGGUCAUUUCUGUGGGCCUUUUAGCCUUAAGUUUUUAAACAAAAUAUAUACGCAACGAUUU